AUGGCCUGUGGCGGCGGAUGCUGUGGCGACAACAAGGCUCCCUCGAUUCCCAUCAAGGUGCCGCUCACGGACCAAGCAGCUGAGUCGGGCAGCUCUUGCUGCUGUGGAGAAAGCGACGUGAAGGCCGAAUCCUGCUGCGAUGGUAACAGUAAAGAGCCUCUAGGCUGCAAGGCUGGAUGCUGCGGAUCAAAGGAGAACGCAAGCUCUGAGGUGAGAGAAGUCACCUCGGAGGCGUCGAUCAAAUCAUCAUCGGCUGCUGGCGAAACUCGUCGCGAUGGGUGCUGCUCGGCAGAACUGGAGACUGGAACGGGCAACGGUUACGCGGGCUCAGGCAAUCAGAGGACGACAGGUACCUGCUGUGACGAGAAUACUGGAGCUUGUGGAAGUGAGGAGACGAAGGAAGAACCAUGCAAAAGCCAUCUCGAAGCUGCAAGAAGACGCUACACCACCAUGUUUGGCGCGAUGACCUGCUUGUGCAAGGCUCUACUUGCUCAAGGCUUGGAGUCGUGCUGCACGACGAAACGUAAGCUCUCCGCUGAGCGCAUUAGGAAUGCGCCAUCCUCUCGUAACCGGGACAAGUGCUGCCCGCCAAAAUCAUCGGGGAUCUCCACCGCAGUUCGGCGCAAUGGAUCUAACAUUCAGUCUCUCUCAUCUCGCAAAGCGACCCCUUGCAGCCGCAAGGACCCCAACCGGCAGGGAAGCACUGAUGACAUGUGUUGCUCGAAAACAAAGGCUGGCCUCGACGAUUGUAAAUCUGGUUGCUGCGAGCCGAAGAUCGAAUCGAUCUCCCAUAAGCCUGCGGAGAAUGCGAGUCAAACCAUCGAUGAGCUGUCGACAUCGUCUAAUGACAUCGAGAGAUCAGGGGCUUCUGUUGAGCACCUCGUGUUAAGCGUCCAGGGCAUGACUUGCACAGGGUGUGAGACGAAGCUGCACCGCUCCAUCCAAAUGAUUGACUCGGCGACCAACGCUCAAGCCAGCAUUGUACUCUCUCGUGCCGAGUUUGACAUCGACCCACGGAUCAUCUCUUCUGAGCAGGCCAUAGCGCAGCUGGAACGCGCCACAGGAUUUGUUCUCACGAAACUAUCUACAGGUGGCCAUGAACUGCACGUGAGAGCGACAGCUGAAAGCAAAAUUAUGACGAGCUCGAAGUUGCCAUUCGGGGUUCUCGACGUCCGCCGUGUCGAUGAACAUACUCUUGGGAUCUCGUAUGAUGCCAAUGUGAUAGGCCGGCGAGACCUGCUGGAACGUUCGUUCGAAUUCAAGCUCGAACUGGCUCCUCUGCGACCACCAGAAAACAUAUCAGCAGGGGCAAAGCAUGUUCGCCAUGUUGGUCUUAUGACAGUACUGUCAGCGGUCCUGACAAUACCAGUCUUGGUGUUUGCCUGGGCACCAUUGCCAGAGCACGAGACUGCCUACCAAUCCGCGUCUCUGGGUCUGGCGACUAUCGUGCAGGUCGUUAUUGCAGGCCCUUUCUACGGCAGUGCUCUUCGAUCUCUCAUAUUCUCCAAAGUGAUCGAGAUGGAUUUGCUGAUAGUAUUGAGCACGAGCGCAGCAUACAUAUUCUCGGUCGUUGCCUAUUCCUGCUACAUGGCUGGCAAACCUCUAUCGACUGGCGAGUUCUUCGAAAGCAGCACCCUUCUGGUCACCCUCAUCAUGAUAGGUCGCUUUAUCAGCGCAUUUGCCCGGCAAAAGGCUGUGGAGUCGAUAUCGAUCCCGUCUCUACAGCCUACCACUGCCACGCUUGUCGACGGGGAAGGCGAUGUUAUCAAAGAGAUCGACUCUCGACUGCUGCAGUAUGGUGACACCUUCAAGGUCCUUCCCGACUCUCGCAUUGUCACAGACGGCACGGUCAACUUCGGUAGCUCCGAAGUUGACGAGUCUAUGAUCACUGGCGAGUCUAAGCUUGUGGAAAAAAAGAAAGGGUCGAGCGUCGUGGCUGGCUCAGUCAAUGGAGCGGGACUAAUCCACGUCAAAGUGGCCCGUCUCCCUGGAGAGAACACAAUCAGCUCCAUUGCAGACAUGGUCGAUCAGGCGAAGCUCUCCAAGCCCAAGAUCCAGAAGUUCGCCGAUAAAGUGGCCGGCUAUUUUGUUCCAGUCAUUGUCGCCAUCACAGUUAUCGUCUUUUGCAUCUGGAUUGCCAUUGGAAUGUUGAUCCGUCAUGAAUCGGGAUCUGACGCUGUCGUCUCUGCUCUGACCUAUGCUAUCGCGGUGCUGAUCGUGUCUUGCCCUUGCGCCGUGGGUCUUGCCGUCCCAAUGGUGAUUGUUAUUUCUUGCGGAGUUGGCGCCGAGCAUGGGGUAGUUUUCAAGUCUGCCCAAGCUAUCGAGUCCUCUCACAGGGUCACACAUUGUAUCAUGGACAAGACAGGAACUCUGACGGAAGGAAAUGCAUCAGUGGUUGAAGAGGCGUACAUUUCCGAGUCAGCUGAUACCCGUUCCCUGCUACUCGGACUCGUUAGCGGCAACAAACACCCCAACUCCACAGCAUUGGCCAAGCACUUGACGGGACAAGAAGUCCAAGCAGCACCGCUUGACUCUCUAGAGACCGUGGUUGGCAAAGGGGUCGAAGGUCACAAAGACGGGAAGCUGCUUCGAGCUGGUAAUGCGAAAUGGAUGGGGCUGGGGCAACUCGAGCAAGUUCAGACAUUCCAGUCUCGUAGCCUAACGACUCUCUGCUUCGCCAUCAACGGCAAGCCGCAAGCGGUGUUUGGCCUUGCAGACACGCUACGCCCAGAGGCCAAAUCCGUCGUGUCGGCUCUCAUAUCCCGUGGCAUUGCGGUGUCGAUCGUCAGCGGCGACGACUUCGGACCUGUUCAGUCGAUUGGCCGCGAGCUCGGCAUCGAAUCGAAAGACCUCAGGUCAAGAUGCACCCCCGAAGACAAGCAGCGGUACGUCCACGAAUUGACCCAGGACAAAAACAACAUCGUCAUCUUCUGCGGCGAUGGAAGUAAUGAUGCUGGUGCUCUGGCGCAGGCCACCGUUGGAGUGCAUAUGAGCGAGGGUACAGACGUCGCUCGCAGCGCAUCGGACGCAGUUCUGAUGAGGCCGGAUAUCUCCGGUCUUCUCAAGCUGAUGGACAUCUCAAACGCUGCCUUCCGGCGCAUCGUCCUCAACUUCGCCUGGGCCGGCAUCUACAAUCUCUUUGCCAUCCUGCUGGCUGCUGGAGCCUUUGUCAAAUUCCGAAUCCCACCAGAAUAUGCUGGGCUGGGCGAGUUGGUGAGUGUACUGCCGGUGAUCCUGAUCGCUUUGCACAUGAAGUGGGCAAAGUUCUAG